AUGCCGUAUUUUCCUCCGUCUGGUUCUUGUGUGGCAUGGUCAACGGCUGGGUCUAUUGUCACAGCGGUGGUGGUUAUAGCCAUUAUAGCAAUAGCAUAUGCCGUUACUAAGUGCAUGAAGAAAGCACCAACAACCCAGAUUUCAACAACAGAUCAUGACAAUAACAUGCAUUCUUCAAACAACAAGGAAAUAGUGUUAGUAAAACCGCCAGAUUCAGAUUCACAGGUACUGGAGUUUGCAACCGUGGAAAGAUUCCUCAACAACAUCAACCGAGAGAAACCCAUCAGAUUCUCACCUGAGCAAAUUGAAGAAAUCACAGACAACUACACCACUGUUCUGGGGUCUGGUGCUUUUGGGGAGGUUUAUAAAGGUGAAUUGUCCAAUGGACAGCAAGUUGCAGUGAAAGUUCUCAACAGUUUGGAUCUUGGCGCAGAAGAGCAAUUCAAAGCAGAAGUUAGCACUAUUGGAAGAACUUACCAUAUCAAUGUAGUUAUGCUAUAUGGCUUCUGCUUCCACCGUGAAAAGAGAGCUCUUAUAUACGAGUUUGUGCAAAAUGGGUCUCUCAACAACUUAUUAUUUGGCACUCUGAACACAGAAAUCCAGUUUGGGAAGCUUCAUGAGAUUGCAAUUGGAACAGCAAAAGGAAUUGCCUACUUACAUGAAGAGUGUCAACAAAGAAUCAUUCAUUACGAUAUUAAACCAGAGAAUAUACUUCUGGGCCAGAACUUGGAACCAAAAGUUGCAGAUUUUGGUCUUGCAAAACAUUGUAGCAGAGAAAGCAGCCGCGUGAAUAUGUCUCAGUUCAGAGGAACAAGAGGGUAUGCUGCACCAGAAUUAUGGAAGUGUUAUCCUGUGAAUCAUAAGUGUGAUGUUUAUAGUUUUGGCAUUGUCCUCUUUGAGAUUGUAGGGAGAAGAAGGCAUUUUGAUUGUGGCUACAGUGAAUCACAACAAUGGCUUCCAAAAUGGACAUGGGAGAUGUUUGAGAAUAAUGAACUACCAAUGAUGAUUUCGCUGUUUGGGAUUGAAAAAGAGAAAGACAGGGAAAAAGCCAAGAGAAUGUUAAUGGUGGGCCUUUGGUGUGUUCAAUAUUUGCCCACUGAUAGGCCUCUUAUGAGUAAUGUGGUGAAGAUGUUGGAAGGUGAUAUAGAAAUCGCUGCCCCGCCAUUUCCCUUUCAGAACUUGGGGGCUGCUAAACCAAGUUUUACACCAAAGGGAACCGAUGCAGAUUCAGAUGCUUCUUAUUCAGUAGUGGCAGAACCUUCUGAUGAGCAAUGCAGUUCUAAACCGGUAAUGCCUGGUCUUCGCUCUUCACAGGCUCUUCACAGGCGGGAACUCUACUAG